GGACAGGGUGCGCGGGAGGCACGCAGAGCUCGGGGCUGCCUGCGCUCGCGGUGCCUGGGGAAUUGGCUGUGGGCGAGGCGGCCCCGGCUGCCCUUUAUCGCUCGCUGGGCUCGUCUUUUGAAACUUUAUCAGUGAGUCUCACCACUAGCCGCAGACGCGAGCGGCGGGGGGGCGGGGGCGCAGAGGCGCCGGCAGCCGUGACGAGGCGCUCCCGGAGCUGAGCGCUUCUGCUCCGGGCACGCAUGGCGCCCGCACACGGAGUCUGACCUGAUGUAGACGCAAGGGGGUUAAUAUGAACGUCCCUCUCGGUGGAAUCUGGCUGUGGCUCCCUCUGCUCUUGACCUGGCUCACCCCUGAGGUCAGCUCUUCAUGGUGGUACAUGAGAGCUACAGGUGGCUCCUCCAGGGUCAUGUGUGACAAUGUGCCAGGCCUGGUGAGCCGGCAGCGUCAGCUGUGCCACCGACACCCAGACGUGAUGCGUGCCAUUGGCCUGGGUGUGGCUGAGUGGACAGCAGAGUGCCAGCACCAGUUUCGACAGCAUCGCUGGAACUGCAACACCCUGGACAGAGAUCACAGCCUCUUUGGCCGGGUCCUCCUCCGAAGUAGUCGGGAAUCGGCCUUUGUUUACGCCAUCUCUUCAGCUGGCGUUGUAUUUGCCAUCACCAGGGCCUGUAGCCAAGGAGAAUUAAAGUCCUGUUCCUGUGAUCCAAAGAAGAAAGGAAGUGCCAAGGACAGCAGAGGCACCUUCGAUUGGGGUGGCUGCAGUGACAAUAUUGACUACGGGAUCAAGUUUGCCCGUGCCUUUGUAGAUGCCAAGGAGAGGAAAGGCAAGGAUGCCAGAGCCCUGAUGAACCUUCACAACAACAGAGCUGGAAGGAAGGCUGUAAAGCGCUUCUUGAAACAAGAAUGCAAGUGUCAUGGUGUAAGCGGCUCCUGUACUCUGAGGACAUGCUGGCUGGCCAUGGCUGACUUCAGGAAAACAGGCGACUAUCUCUGGAGGAAGUACAACGGGGCCAUCCAGGUAGUCAUGAACCAGGAUGGCACUGGCUUCACUGUAGCCAAUAAGAGGUUUAAGAAGCCAACAAAAAAUGACCUCGUGUAUUUCGAGAAUUCUCCAGACUACUGUAUCAGGGACCGAGAGGCAGGCUCCCUGGGUACAGCAGGCCGUGUGUGCAACUUGACUUCCCGAGGCAUGGACAGCUGUGAAGUUAUGUGUUGUGGGAGAGGCUAUGACACAUCCCACGUCACCCGGAUGACCAAGUGUGAGUGCAAAUUCCACUGGUGCUGUGCCGUGCGCUGUCAGGACUGCCUGGAGGCCCUGGACGUGCACACAUGCAAGGCCCCCAAGAGUGCCGACUGGGCGACUCCUACAUGACCUCAGCAGAGGUCGUAUUCGCCCUUUCUUCCCUCAAGGACUCCAAUUCCAUCUUCAAGGACACUGGACCUCUGGGUUGUUUUCAGGGGACUGUUUCUCAAGGCAUGAAGCCUUCAUCUCAACAGAAACCCCUUUUUCCCUCUCUGGGGGCCCCACCACUGGGAACCACCUGCUGCACAUACAUAUACCCUAUUCUGUCUAUCUUGGGCAUUCUGAGGUCACCUCUUUUCCUGCUGAUUUCUUUUGGGAAAUGGCAUGACAGGCUGUUAGAGGAGGAGGGUCAUGGCCCCACACCUCUGUCACCUAGACAUUUUCUCUUUCCUCUUUGGCUGCGGGGAGAAGCAUCGCAUAGCAAAGGAGCUUUCUCUGUGUCUCCCCACAGAUUCUCACAGUGCAGAAAGUCUGCGCUUCCCUCUGGGGCUCAGGGUAGGUAUGGAAAGCAGAAUCAGCUGACACCAAAAUUUCCUCGUAUUUUUUUUUUUUUUAAAGACUGAGCAAGGGCUUUAACUAAGUGGUAACUGUUGAUAGCAUCCUUGGCGAUUGUCUAGAGAAGGAUGACUUCCAAUAAACAUCAGGUUAAAAC